GUUCCGCUUUAAUUUUAUUUUGAUUAUUUACAAUAAUUGUUUCUUGUCUUCACUAAGUUCCAGUUUGGAACUUUAGGGUUCUCUUCCAUCGCUAAUGUUAAGGAUUUGUUGAUUUUCAAUGUUUCAUUACGACCCUUUUUUUGCUUCGAUUUUGGUAAUUGAAUUUCACUCUUUUGUUUAGUUUUUGCAGGCAUCGCCAAUAAUUGUUUUGUGUUAUUUGUUGGCUGUAAUCGUCUUUGAAGUUUAGACGCGUUUGAUCACUUAAUCUGUUCAUGACUUCGAGUUGGAGGAGAUCGUUUGGGAAUGUCAGGUCCUUCAUCGGCAAUUCGAUGGGCGGUCUAAGAGGCAGUGCCAAUCUCGCUUCUUGGGUUGUUGCUGGAACCCUCGCUUACUUCCUUUGGGUCAAGCCCUCCCAAGACCUCAAACGGGAACAGCAGGAAAGGGCUGCUCUAGCAGCUGUGGAUCCUCAUCGGUAUAUUGAGAAGCGGAAACCUAUUCCCGAUCCCCAGGAAACUGGUUUGAUAUACGGCAACAAGAAUACACCUCGAAAACCCAAGGAAUAAGCUAUGAAGAGUGAAAACUUUGGAGAAAUGUAACGGCUCACACUUCUCACAGAUUGGAGGUGAAGAAAGGGGUCAGUAAGUAAUGUCGCUAGAAGCUAGAGCCUAAAACUGUGAAGAUUAGAAGGUGAUACAUGAACAAAUCUGUGUAGUUCAGUAAAGAGGUGUGGCCCAAAUGAUUUGGAUCCUUUUAAUAGAUUUUCACUUGAAGAUUGAAAAGGUUUUGUAUUUUGUAUUUGGCUUUGAUCAUCAAUUGGAUUGUCUACCAUGGAUUUAUAUUUCUAGUAAUGACUCCAACUUUCAUGGCACAUGAAGCAAUAAACACUACUUAUCAAGUUUUCUAAAAGUUCAA